AUGACGACCUUGGUCUUGUCGGAGGCAAAUCAACUGCACCAACAGAUUGAUCAGCCCGGCUUGAUCAACAAACAGACAGAUUUAGCAGGCGGGCCCAUCCUUGCUAAGCCAGAGGUCGUUGCAGCGGCAGAAAAGACCGUUCCUCCGCCACACAACAAAGAAAUUCCCCUCAACUAUGAUGUUCAGGACUAUUCGCACGACGAAGUACCUACGGCAGAAGAGAAGCGGACACUGAGAAGGAUUGGCGACCCCUUACCCAAGGCGGCUUUCCUCGUAGCUAUUGUGGAGCUUUGUGAGCGAUUCACAUACUACGGCGCUUCUGGCCUAUUCCAGAAUUACAUUCAGAGGCCUUUGGAUGGCAGUGAGGGACGCGGCGCCCUCGGUAUGGGCCACCAAGGAGCUACCGGUCUCUCCACCUUCUUCCAGUUCUGGUGUUAUGUAACACCUAUCUUUGGCGCUAUCAUUGCGGAUCAAUACCUUGGACGAUACAACACCAUCCUUAUCUUUUGCGGCGUCUACAUCGUCGGCCUCAUAAUUCUCACCACUACAUCGAUUCCUGGGGCCCUUGCUAAUGGAUCUGGCAUGGGUGGCUUCAUCGCUUCUAUCAUCGUCAUUGGACUGGGGACUGGAGGCAUCAAAUCGAACGUGGCACCACUCAUUGCCGACCAGUACAAACGUCGGCAGAUGGCCAUUAGUACUGAUCCGAAAACUGGCGAGCGCGUCAUCAUUGACCCCGCAAUUACUAUCCAGAGGAUAUACAUGAUCUUCUACUGGUGUAUCAAUAUCGGUUGUCUCGCUCUUCUCCCUACGCCAUACAUGGAGCGUGACGUUGGAUUCUGGUCGGCGUUCCUGCUCUGCACUUGUGUCUUCCUUCUGGGAACAGUGGUCCUUGUACUGGGAAAGAAAGUCUACGUUGUGCGUCCACCCCAAGGCUCGAUCAUCACCGACGCAUUCCGUGUGAUCUGGAUAGGCAUCAAGAACCGGAAACUUGAUGCCGCCAAGCCGUCGUACCAGACUGAAACUGGCAAGGAGUCGGCUAAGCUCCACUGGGAUGAUCACUUUGUCGACGAAGUUAAGCGUUCUCUUAUCGCUUGCCAGGUCUUCUGCUUCUACCCUAUCUACUGGGUUGUCUAUGGACAAUUUUCCAACAACUUCAUUAGCCAAGGUGCUCAAAUGCGUCUCCAUGGCAUUCCAAACGACCUUAUGCAGAACUUCGAUCCUAUCGCUAUUAUCGUAUUCUUGCCUAUUAUUGAUAGAUGGCUAUAUCCGCUUCUCCGCAAGAUGAAGAUCCCCUUCCCGCCUAUCAAUCGCAUUGUCGCAGGGUUUUGGAUCGCCUCAACGGCCAUGAUCUACGCGGCUGUUAUCCAGCACUUUAUUUACAAAGCCGGUCCCUGCUAUGACGCACCAUUGUGUGACGCUGAUCUGGACAGCAAUGGCGUGCACCAAGGAAACAGCAUCCAUAUUGCCUCGCAGACAGGCGCCUACAUGCUCAUUGGUCUGUCAGAAAUCUUCGCUUCAGUCACCGGUCUGGAAUACGCAUACACCAAAGCACCUCCUAAUAUGAAGUCCUUUGUGCAGUCCAUGUAUCUUCUUACGAACGCCUUUGGAUCUGCCAUCUCAGAAGGUCUCAAUCCUGUGUUAGUUGAUCCGAAGAUCCUGUGGAUGUACACCAGUUUGGCUGUCUGCAGCUUCGUGGCUGGAUGCGCGAUUUGGAUCCUUUUCCACCAUCUGAACGAUCAAGAGGAGGAACUGAACGCGCUUGACAAGAACAUGGAUGAGGAUCCGGUGAUGAGGAGAGGCAGUGUUGUCACUGGACGCACCGUUGAGACUCACAACGGUAGCGUUGCUGAGAAGGCAUAG